GUCGCUGCUGCCAAUACCCUUUGGGACACCUCACAACAGCCGGACCCCACAGAAGUUCAAGGCCUAAGAGCCGCUGAAAGAUACAGCAACAAGCUCAACGGUUUGGAUCCGAGUCAGGUCUACCAACCCGCGGAUGAUGAAGCUGUGGAAGAAAGCGGAAAGGUGGAAGAAGAGACCGAGCAGGAGGGUCUGCUGGAUUUCAGCUACUUCGCGCGGCACACGCUCUGUGAGGCGGCUACACACUCCCUGCGAAAUCGCAACAUGUUCUCGGCCAAGCGUGCUUUCGAGGUGCUGGCUUGUGAGGCGUAUGGCCAGACUUGCCCUCUGGCCACCUUCGAGUUCCUCUGCUGGCUUCAAAGCACUGAGGUUUGCAUGCGAGAGGAGGCUGCCUUCAAGGAGAAGCUUCCGGAGGAUCACGAUGAGCGGGUGCAGCUGUACCUGCUGAAGAACCUGGAGAGUCGCUGGCCAUUUCCGGAAGAGCUUGGGACCUAUUGCGCCAUUCGACAACGACUUGAGGCGGAGUCUCCAUUCUUUCAGAGACUGCAGCUGGAUAAGCUGCCAGCGAUUGAAGAGAUCUUGCUCUCCCACCUGCCGGCCCUCACGCUGGUAGUCACCCUCCAGUUCCGCUCCAGCUACCUCUAUGUGGGAGCCGUGCUGAGCCCGGAUGCGGGAGAUCGCGCCGAGCGCGUUCGCCAGAUGCAACCGAUGGUGGCGCGACACAUGGUGCACCCGGCAGAGGUUCAGACAGCCAUCAAUCGGAUCCUCGCUACCAACA